UGUCAAGUGUCAGCUUCGUCCAUUUGGAUGUCAUAUUUUGUUUGUUCCAUAUAGAUUUUUAUCAUAUUAGAUUAUUUUAACUUAUUAGAAAUUAUAAUGGCAUCUACAUCUGGGAAUCAAGCAAAACACUCUAUACCUAUAGAUAUAUUAGAUGAUUUGUGCAGUCGUUUUAUAAUAAAUUUACCACCAGAAGACAGAGGGAACUUGGUCAGAAUUUGUUUUCAAAUUGAACUGGCCCAUUGGUUUUAUUUGGAUUAUUAUUGCACAGAUGAAUCAAAUAGGCUCAAUCCAUGUGGAAUAAGAGAAUUUGCGGCACAUAUAUUUCAGCAUGUUCCACAGUUGAGAGAGCAUGUGAGCAGUCUCGAUGAGGUAUUAGACAACUGGAGGGAAUAUAAGCAAACCGUGCCGACAUAUGGUGCCAUACUGUUGGAUACAGAACUAACUCAUGUACUGUUGGUGCAGUCCUAUUGGACAAAGGCCUCGUGGGGUUUUCCAAAAGGGAAAGUCAACGAGGAUGAGGAGCCAUGGAAAUGUGCUGCCAGAGAAGUAUUGGAAGAAACAGGCUUUGAUAUAUCGAAACUUAUUAGCAAGAAUGACUACAUAGAAGCAACCAUUCAUGAUCAAAUUGUCCGCUUGUACAUAAUUGGGUACAUACCCCGCGACACUAAAUUCCAACCUCGCACCAGGAAUGAAAUAAAAGCUUGUGAAUGGUUCGCACUAGCCGAUUUGCCCUCGAACAAAAAAGAUAUGACGCCUAAAGUCAAGAUGGGGGUCAGUCCCAAUGCUUUCUUCAUGGUGAUACCAUUUGUAAAACGAAUGAGGCGGUGGGCGUCUGAACGGACCUCGAAAGUUUUUAAUAAUAGUACAAGACGCACUAGACACAAGUCUAUGGGCGAUAUUGAGGCCUCAACUAGUAAGGGUAAGAGCAAAUCCAUUUCACAAGGUCUAGAGAAUGAGAUUAAAGAGUUUCAACAACAAAAUCCCAAUAAUAGUAAUUUUAAAUAUAAGAAUGGCCAUAGUAACAACCAUGGUAAUGGACACACCAAUCAUGGGAAUAACCAUGCCGGUUCCGGGAGUAAUACAAAGAAUAAUAAUACAUUCGUAAAUAGUAAUAGAAAAGAUCGCAAAGGAACAAAGAGACAGUUGUUCACGCCGCAAAAUACUCAUACCAACAAUUUCUCGCCAGUACAAAAAGACAGCAGUCCAAAUGACGAGGUGCAGGAAGAUAAUUCGUAUUACGAUUUCGUUGCACCGUCGUGGGCGAACUUCAAGUUCGACAGGCGUGCCAUAUUGGAUUGUCUGACUUGAGGGCUGUGACUACUUAAUAUUGAUCUCGAAUUUGAAGCGUUUGGAGUCCUCUACGUAUUACGACGACAUUUGGCUUUGACUACUGAUCUUUAUAUCAAAUAAAAUUGCAUUUGAUUCUUGA